AUGAAUGGCGUACGUUUUCUUAUGAGUUGUCACCUCUUCUUCCUUCCUUGUUAUCCAGCCAACAAAGUACUCACUUCUUCAUCUUUUUAUCUGCCCUACAUAGCACGCACUUCUUCCUCUAUUGGGAUUUAUCCUACAGAGUACGCACUUCUUUAUCUCUCCUUGUCAUCUAUCAUACAUAGUAUGAACUUCAUCUCACCUUGUUAUCUGUCAUAUGUAGUACCCACUUCUUCCUCUCUCUUUGUUAUCUAUCCUACAGAGCACGCACCUUUUCCCCUCUUCUUUUUAUCUAUCCUAGAAAGUACGGACUUUUUCCUCUCUCAUUGUUACCUAUCCUACAGAUUUCGCACUUCUUCCUCUCUCUCCUUUUUAUCUAUCUUGCAUAGCACGCAAUUCUUCAUCUCUCUUGUUAUAUAUCUUAUACAGCACACACUUCUUCCUCUCUUUUUAUCUCUCCUACAGAGUACACACCUUUUUCCCUCUCCUUUUUACCUAUCCUACAGAGUACACACCUUUUUCCCUCUCCUUUUUACAUGUCCUAUAGAGUACACACUUUUUCAUCUCUCCUUGUUCUGUCGUAGAGAGUACGCACUUCUUUCUUUCUUUUUUUAUCUAUCCUAUAUAUUACUCAAUUCUUCAUCUCUCCUUUUUAUCUAUCGUACAUACUACGCAAUUAUUCAUCUCUCCUUGUUCUUCUAUCAUACGAAGUACACACUUCUUCAUCUCCCUUUGUUGUCUAUCAUACGAAUUACACACUUCUUCCUCUCUUUUUAUCUCUCCUACAGAGUACACACCUUUUCCCUCUCCUUUUUACCUAUCCUACAGAGUACACACCUUUUUCCCUCUCCUUUUUACAUGUCCUAUAGAAGAGUACGCACUUCUUUCUUUCUUUUUUUAUCUAUCCUAUAUAUUACUCAAUUCUUCAUCUCUCCUUUUUAUCUAUCGUACAUACUACGCAAUUAUUCAUCUCUCCUUGUUCUUCUAUCAUACGAAGUACACACUUCUUCAUCUCCCUUUGUUGUCUAUCCUACGAAUUACACACUUCUUCAUCUCCCUUUGUUGUCUAUCCUACGAAUUACACACUUCUUCAUCUCCCUUUGUUGUCUAUCCUACGAAUUACACACUUCUUCCUCUCUUUUUAUCUCUCCUACAGAGUACACACCUUUUUCCCUCUCCUUUUUACCUAUCCUACAGAGUACACACCUUUUUCCUCUCCUUUUUACAUGUCCUAUAGAGUACACACUUUUUUUCAUCUCUCCUUGUUCUGUCGUAGAGAGUACGCACUUCUUUCUUUUUUUUUUUAUCUAUCCUAUAUAUUACUCAAUUCUUCAUCUCUCCUUUUUAUCUAUCGUACAUACUACGCAAUUAUUCAUCUCUCCUUGUUCUUCUAUCAUACGAAUUACACACUUCUUCAUCUCCCUUUGUUGUCUAUCCUACGAAUUACACACUUCUUCAUCUCCCUUUGUUGUCUAUCCUACGAAGUACACACUUCUUCAUCUCCCUUUGUUGUCUAUCCUACGAAUUACACACUUCUUCCUCUCUUUUUAUCUCUCCUACAGAGUACACACCUUUUUCCCUCUCCUUUUUACCUAUCCUACAGAGUACACACCUUUUUCCCUCUCCUUUUUACAUAGAGUACGCACUUCUUUCUUUCUUUUUUUAUCUAUCCUAUAUAUUACUCAAUUCUUCAUCUCUCCUUUUUAUCUAUCGUACAUACUACGCAAUUAUUCAUCUCUCCUUGUUCUUCUAUCAUACGAAUUACACACUUCUUCAUCUCCCUUUGUUGUCUAUCCUACGAAUUACACACUUCUUCAUCUCUUUUUAUCUCUCCUACAGAGUACACACCUUUUUCCCUCUCCUUUUUACCUAUCCUACAGAGUACACACCUUUUUCCCUCUCCUUUUUACAUGUCCUAUAGAGUACACACUUUUUCAUCUCUCCUUGUUCUGUCGUAGAGAGUACGCACUUCUUUCUUUCUUUUUUUAUCUAUCCUAUAUAUUAUUCAAUUCUUCAUCUCUCCUUUUUAUCUAUCGUACAUACUACGCAAUUAUUCAUCUCUCCUUGUUCUUCUAUCAUACGAAGUACACACUUCUUCAUCUCUCCUUGUUGUCUAUCCUACGAAUUACACACUUCUUCAUCUCCCUUUGUUGUCUAUCCUACGAAUUACACACUUCUUCAUCUCCUUUGUUGUCUAUCCUACGAAUUACACACUUCUUCAUCUCUCCUUGUUGUCUAUCCUACGAAUUACACACUUCUUCAUCUCUCCUUGUUGUCUAUCCUACGAAUUACACACUUCUUCAUCUCCCUUUGUUGUCUAUCCUACGAAUUACACACUUCUUCAUCUCCCUUUGUUGUCUAUCCUACGAAUUACACACUUCUUCAUCUCUCCUUGUUGUCUAUCCUACGAAUUACACACUUCUUCAUCUCCCUUUGUUGUCUAUCCUACGAAUUACACACUUCUUCAUCUCUCCUUGUUGUCUAUCCUACGAAUUACACACUUCUUCAUCUCCCUUUGUUGUCUAUCCUACGAAUUACACACUUCUUCAUCUCCCUUUGUUGUCUAUCCUACAGAUUACACACUUCUUCAUCUCUCCUUGUUGUCUAUCCUACGAAUUACACACUUCUUCAUCUCCCUUUGUUGUCUAUCCUACGAAUUACACACUUCUUCAUCUCCUUUGUUGUCUAUCCUACGAAUUACACACUUCUUCAUCUCCUUUGUUGUCUAUCCUACGAAUUACACACUUCUUCAUCUCUCCUUGUUGUCUAUCCUACGAAUUACACACUUCUUCAUCUCCUUUGUUGUCUAUCCUACAGAAUUACACACUUCUUCAUCUCCCUUUGUUGUCUAUCCUACGAAUUACACACUUCUUCAUCUCCCUUUGUUGUCUAUCCCAUGAAUUACACACUUCUUCAUCUCUCCUUGUUGUCUAUCCUACGAAUUACACACUUCUUCAUCUCCCUUUGUUGUCUAUCCUACGAAUUACACACUUCUUCAUCUCCCUUUGUUGUCUAUCCUACGAAUUACACACUUCUUCAUCUCUCCUUGUUGUCUAUCCUACGAAUUACACACUUCUUCAUCUCCCUUUGUUGUCUAUCCUACGAAUUACACACUUCUUCAUCUCCCUUUGUUGUCUAUCCUACGAAUUACACACUUCUUCAUCUCCCUUUGUUGUCUAUCCUACGAAUUACACACUUCUUCAUCUCUCCUUGUUGUCUAUCCUACGAAUUACACACUUCUUCAUCUCCCUUUGUUGUCUAUCCUACGAAUUACACACUUCUUCAUCUCUCCUUGUUGUCUAUCCUACGAAUUACACACUUCUUCAUCUCUCCUUGUUGUCUAUCCUACGAAUUACACACUUCUUCAUCUCCCUUUGUUGUCUAUCCUACGAAUUACACACUUCUUCAUCUCUCCUUGUUGUCUAUCCUACGAAUUACACACUUCUUCAUCUCCUUUGUUGUCUAUCCUACAGAAUUACACACUUCUUCAUCUCCCUUUGUUGUCUAUCCUACGAAUUACACACUUCUUCAUCUCUCCUUGUUGUCUAUCCUACGAAUUACACACUUCUUCAUCUCCUUUGUUGUCUAUCCUACGAAUUACACACUUCUUCAUCUCUCCUUGUUGUCUAUCCUACGAAUUACACACUUCUUCUCCCUUUGUUGUCUAUCCUACGAAUUACACACUUCUUCAUCUCCCUUUGUUGUCUAUCCUACGAAUUACACACUUCUUCAUCUCUCCUUGUUGUCUAUCCUACGAAUUACACACUUCUUCAUCUCCUUUGUUGUCUAUCCUACGAAUUACACACUUCUUCAUCUCCUUUUGUUGUCUAUCCUACAAUUACACACUUCUUCAUCUCCUUUGUUGUCUAUCCUACGAAUUACACACUUCUUCAUCUCUCCUUGUUGUCUAUCCUACGAAUUACACACUUCUUCAUCUCCUUUGUUGUCUAUCCUACGAAUUACACACUUCUUCAUCUCUCCUUGUUGUCUAUCCUACGAAUUACACACUUCUUCAUCUCUCCUUGUUGUCUAUCCUACAAUUACACACUUCUUCAUCUUCCUUUGUUGUCUAUCCUACGAAUUACACACUUCUUCAUCUCUCCUUGUUGUCUAUCCUACGAAUUACACACUUCUUCAUCUCCCUUUGUUGUCUAUCCUACGAAUUACACACUUCUUCAUCUCCCUUUGUUGUCUAUCCUACGAAUUACACACUUCUUCAUCUCUCCUUGUUGUCUAUCCUACGAAUUACACACUUCUUCAUCUCCCUUUGUUGUCUAUCCUACGAAUUACACACUUCUUCAUCUCUCCUUGUUGUCUAUCCUACGAAUUACACACUUCUUCAUCUCUCCUUGUUGUCUAUCCUACGAAUUACACACUUCUUCAUCUCUCCUUGUUGUCUAUCCUACGAAUUACACACUUCUUCAUCUCCCUUUGUUGUCUAUCCUACGAAUUACACACUUCUUCCUUUCCUCUUAUUAUCUAUCAUUCAUAGUAUGCACAUCUUUUUAA